UGCUUCUUACCAAUCAACCUGUCCAUCUCAUCUCUGGUCGAGGUGUUUCUGAUAUUUAUACAUACCACCUGUUGGGAGAGAAGUCAUCUUGGUGUCACAAAACGCUUGAUUCGCCAUGCGAUACAGCACACUCCUCUCACUGCUCGCUACCUUUACUGCUGGAGCUCUGGCCAGCGAUGUCAUUGACUUGACGGGUGGCACGUUCAAAUCAGAGGUCAAUGGAGAAGAUCUGGCUUUGGUAGAAUUCUUCGCUCCAUGGUGCGGACAUUGCAAGAACUUGGCACCUCAUUAUGAAGAAGCAGCUACUGAGCUCAAAUCAAAGCUUGGAGUCAAGCUCGCCAAGGUCGACUGCACCGAGGAAGCUGAGCUAUGCAAGGAAUUCGGAGUCAAUGGAUAUCCCACGCUCAAGGUCUUCCGGAAUGGAGUUCCGACUGACUAUGCCGGACCACGAAAAGCCGAUGGAAUAAUCAGCUACAUGGUCAAGCAAUCUCUUCCAGCUGUCAGCGAGGUGACUCCCUCUUCCCACGACGAAUUCAUCAAACAGGACAAGGUCGUUCUCGUUGCGUACGGAGACGAAUCUCACCCUGUCCCUGCUGCUUUUGCCGAAUAUGCCAACUCUGCUCGUGAUACCUACCUCUUUGGACAAUAUCUCGACUCGUCUCUUCCCUCUAUCCCUGAAUCCCCCUCCCUCCCCGCCAUCGUUCUGUACAAGCAAUUCGAUGAGGGUCACAACGUUCUCUCCACUUCUGAGGUCUCCUCUCUCACUGCGGAUUCCCUGGCCGAAUUCAUCAAGUCCAACUCGAUGCCCCUUGUCGAUGAAAUCUCGCCUGAGAACUUUGGAGACUACGCCGAACGAGGACUGCCCAUCGCGUACGUCUUUGCCGAACCCGAUGACACUGCCACUCGAGAACAAUUCAUCGAGGAGAUCAAGCCCAUCGUCAAAGAGUUCAAAGACAAGGUCAGCUUUGUGACGAUUGACGCUGUCCGAUUCGUCGAUCACGGAAAAGGACUCGCUCUUCCUGGCGAAGACUGGCCAGCCUUUGUCAUUCAGGAACUGGCUGAACAGUCCAAAUACCCUCUCGACACUAAAUUCAGCGCCAAGAACGUUGAAGCUCACCUCCGGGCCUAUGUCGAUGGAAAAUUGUCACCCAAAAUCAAGUCUGAGCCUAUCCCCAAGACUCAGGACCAACCCGUCUACCACCUGACAGCCGACGGAUGGGAUGCUCUGUUCGGUGACGACUCAAAGGACGUGUUUGCCGAAUUCUUUGCUCCUUGGUGUGGACACUGCAAGAAGCUCGCCCCCGUUUGGGAAGAGCUCGGUGAGAAAUACCAGAACAGCAAGAACGUUGUCAUUGCUCAAAUGGAUGCCACUCUUAAUGACAUCCCCCCCACCGCACCAUUCAAGGUCGCCGGAUUCCCUACUCUCAAGUUCCGACCCGCUGGAUCCUCUGACUUUGAGGACUACAUGGGCGGACGAACUCUGGAGGACUUGAUCGAGUUUGUAGAGGCCAACAAGAAGUCUGAAGGUCCAUUGUCUACGGAGGAGGCAGUCGAGGAGCGAUCGGAUGAGGAUUCCGCCGUUGCGGGUGAAGAAGAGGAAGUUGUCGAGCACGAUGAACUCUAGAUAGCAAUGGACGUAGAUCCGCAAGGAGAAUGAUGCAGGAUGUCGAUCACUGCCUCUUAGCCACACACUUCUUACAUGAUGGGUGCCACAAUCAUUUCCAUUCACAACGCCGCCAAAUUCCGAAGCGAGCUGGUACUU